AUGCACAAUUGGUCCGAUGGCGAGGUGCAAAGCACGUACCCGCUUGGCGACUACAAGGCUAAGUUUGGCACAGAUUACAACAACUUCCACCGCAUCGAUAUUCACAAACAACUCCUCAAGUCGGCCUUCGAGGCGCCUGGGGAGGGUCCAAAGUGCGAAUUGAACGUGAACUUCAAAGCCACCAAUGUGAAUGCAGAGGACGGUGUUAUCCAAUUUGAGAAUGGUGCUACAGCGUCAGCCGAUAUUAUUGUGGCCGCUGAUGGUAUCCGGUCUCUCACCCGAAACCAGAUCGGGAUCACACCAGACUUUGAGAUGUCCACCUCGUGCUGUUACCGAUGCAUUAUUGGAGCUGAUAAACUGCGGUCUCUUGGGUUGGAAGACUACAUCUCAAAUGAGGCCAUCGAGUACUGGGGCGGAAUCGGAAUCAACAAGAUUGUCAUGUCGCCCUGCAGCAACGGUGAAGUCGUGAGCUGUUACUGCUUCUAUCCAGCAUCCCACAAUAAUGUACGUGACGAUGGCUGGAACAUUAGCGCUUCGCCGCAGCAGUUGGUGGAUACCUUCCCAGAUCUCGAUCCGAGAAUGAAGACCCUAAUGCUAAAUGCCGAGGAUAUCAAGAUGUGGCGUUUGUAUAAGCACCAGCCCUAUCCUUACUGGGUGAAAGGUAAAGUUUGUCUGCUUGGUGAUGCCGCUCAUCCCAUGAUGCCCGAUCAAUCCCAGGGCUCUUGUAUGGCCUUCGAGGAUGCCGGGGCCCUGGGCCUUGUCUUUCACAAAAGCUUCAGGGAGGAGUAUGGGGCCUUGGAGGGACUUGCUCUUUACGAAAAGAUGCGGAAAGGGAGGGCUACGCGCGUACAGGAAGCGAGUUUUAGAGCUCGUGAGGAUAUCAACGAGCGGAUUGGUUGGAGCUCGUCUAUAGAUCGGCCAGGGAAGUUGACUAUUGAGGAGGUUUGCGGAUACAACAUGAGGGAUCAUUUGGCGGAGCUCGUUAGGGAGCGAGGGGAAGCUAGAAUGUGA